GCAGAUAAAUUCAUGGGUUAUAGAUCAACUCGGGACUGACAAAUAUUUGUCAUUUAGCCUACAUCCUGCAAUCAGACCAUUUGGAUGUCAGAAUGAUCUUUGUAUGAUCUCUCGUCAAGUUGCUAAACGUUGUGAAAGCCUAUACAAUUUAGUAUGCUUAGCCAUAUAAACAAAUUACGAUCAAACGAUCAAUUCACCAGCUAAAUUGCUUCGGAAACACUGAAAAUGAAUGGGGUUGAACGUUGGAAAAUACAACGUUUAGAACUGUAGGUUGCAUGUGACACGCUUUACUUCCGUAUUCUUCGAUGGAAGUCUAUUUAAGUGUCGCAACCGGUCGCAACUCUCUCUUUAUAUGGCUCUGGCUAUAUCCACACUGGUGGUUUUAAGGUUUGUUUGUGGUAGAUAUAAAAUAUCAGAUGAGCUAAACCAAGAUAAAUGAAAACAAAAGGCUGGUGGCAACUAAUAAAGCUAAUUCUGUUUGUGUUAAUUUGUGUGUGACAACAGAGACACUCGGAAGAGCUGUCAACGGGUUAAGAAUAGGGUCAGGAUUACCACUGCGUGUCUUGAAAGAAAAAAAUAACCUUGUAAUGCGUCAUCAUUUUCGUGCAAAACCUUGCCGACCAAUAAAAAUUAAAAUAAACCUUACCGACCAAUGAUAAGCGGUAAAUUGGGUCUCUGGACCAAUCAUGGGAUGCGGGAUAGGAAGGUAUCCACCUCUAAAAGCAAAGAGUGCAGGCCAUAACGAAAGCAAGAUCGCGUUGGAUUGAGAGACCCACCAACUCCUGAACCUCUGGUACGAAAGGUGAGAAAAACGAGCAGACUGUUUAAUUGUAUCAGAUUGUGUAUCUUCACUAUUGUGUAGACAAUAGUAUUAACAUUGAAUAGCAACAAGUGCUCGUGUAGGGCCUAAUUGGUCUUUGUGACAAUCUUUAGUUAUGGCUAAACACAUGUCUCUCGCUCAGAUAUAAGAAUCAAACUUUAAUGACAAUUAAUGACUCCUAAUUUACUGUGUCUGGCAACAUAUUAUUUGCAAGUCUAACAAGGCGCAUUCGAGGAGUAAAAGGGAGUAAUAUCCUGCGACUUCAUUCACGUUUUUGUGUCGGUCAACAGUGAAGUAAAAAUAUCGUUUGAACAAUACUAUAAGGCCAACAGUAUAUUUGUAGGCCUACUUCUUUUCUUCAUAAUAAUUCAAUAAUGCUUUCAGAAGAAUUGUCAGUGCAACUUACACGAACUUCAACUGUGUUAAUGAGUCAGGCUACUUUUUAUUUAUUUGAAUGACUAUUAUUUUAUAAAUGUUAUUACAAAAGUAUGAAUAGACAAUAAACAAUCAUAUAAUCCAAGCUCUUUCUGCCAAACUAUUCCCCUCAACAAACCUUUUGAGAAGUACAACCAGCCAGAGCUGAGUGGUGACCUAGUGUUUUGGAGGGCAUUCCUCUGGCACAGCUCUGCAUGUCUGCCCUUGGCUCAAGGUGCUUCCCCCAAAACAGGCUCACCUGUGCAGUUGUUUGUAAUCCAUAAUCACAUGACAGUUAUUGCAAAAAAAAACUUUGGAAAAGUGAUGUGGUCAAAUGUGAAUAACCAAACAUUGACAAUACCCGAGUGUAUGAGUGUGUGCAGUGUGUUUGUGUGUGCGUGCGCGUGUUUGCUCGUAGCUACUUAUCAAGGGAUUGACACACAAACUUCCCAGCAGUUCAAACGCAAAAGACUUUGCUCCUUAGUUACUGCCCACUAUCUGUAGGGAGCUGUGGGCUUCUUCAGUGUGCAGAGCCAAAGCAGGUCUUUGACAGUAAUCUCUAACGUGCAGUUGUAGUAGGCUUGGGAAGAUGUGACUGUGGUUGUCACGUCAUGUGUUCCAACAGCACAACAGAUUAUUCCCUGUGUCUGUAUAGAUAUAAACAGGGAAAGGUUUAAAGUGUGUUUAAUAAACAGUGAUUCACGUGUGAUUUGAAAUGGCUGGCAGAGAUGACGUGAGAUGUUCCUGAGACAGUGUGGACAAUUGGUUCUCUAAGUCGUAGAUAGUAACUUUCAUAUUUCUAUGCUUGGAACACUGCUGUGGGGUAAUCUUUUAUAGCCCAUUGGAAAAUGUAAUCAUUUUGAAUGUUGGAAUCUUUUAUUGUGUCAUCUGAGAUAAUGUUGAUGGAUUUGAUGCCAAAGUCACAGUAGAUGCCCUUCCGUCUUGCAGAACUCCUUGUGAUAUUAAGCUGCUGCAGAGACCGGAGGCCAUUAAUUAGUUACCAAUGCUGGUCUAAGGUCUCAGAACAGGUUACAACAGAAAACAGCAGCCAAAUCCAACUGUCAUUAUGUGCUUAUAUAGAUGUAUUCAGUCUAUCUUUUCCCUGAACCACAUCCAGCUAGUUGGUAGAUCAAACUGUACACAUUUUCCCAAGCAGAGGAAUUACCCCACCUAAAGAAUGACAUUUGUACUUUUUUUCCUUAUUUUUUUGUAUUAUUGGCCAUCACUUUCUGUUUCCUACAGAAAUCAUUUCGGUUUCAGUUUCUUAAAAAUCCCCUGCCCAGGGUCGCCCCCCAGUGGUUGUGUCAUAGCAGACACAGAACAGUCUGCACAGAUGUGGAAUGUUAUGACUGUGCACUGCUGUGUUUCUAACUGCCGCCCUACAUACAGUGUUUCUAACUGCCUUGUAGACAGGGUGUUUCUGCAGACAAUCAGGAUUUCUUUGCCGAGAAAGCGCUGCAAGCUUGAGUGAGAGGACAGCUUGAAGAUGUCCUUUGCCAGUGAUAAACUGUAUAACAACUUCAUCCGGAAGAACUUGGGAACGCUCAUCACCUCGGUGAAAGUGAUGGAGAUCCUGCCCCAUCUGUCCUGCCUCACUCAGUCAGACAGGGAUGAGAUAGUGGCCAAGAAGGAACAGGCGGGGAACUACAACGCUAUGCAGCUGUUGGUGGACUGCCUGAAGAGGAGGGAGAACUGGCCUGAGGAGUUAAUCUCAGCGCUCAGGGCAUGUGAGCACGAUGUUCUGGCCCAGGAGAUCCAAGAUAAAUACAACUCUUUCUUGGUCCAGCGCAAUCCCAAAUCUCCCUCCCCUGCAACAACGGUAGUCAAAGCCCAUGUCCACCCAGCACCAACCCCUAAUCCGUCCCUGCCCAUUCCAGAGAGCUCUGAUGACUCUGCGUCAGCGUCUCCAGCACAGCCAGCACCUCUUGCCGAGCCAGCCCCUCAGCCCUCCCCUCCACUCAGGGCUGCUGUAGACCCACCACCAGUCCCCCUGCCCUCCCCUCCUCUCAUGGCUGUGGAUCCUCACCUGGAAGUUGCACCAGCAAGCCCAGAGAGUCCUCAGCAGCAGCCGCACAGCAGUGUAGCCCCUCGCGAUCUCAAACCUCCUCCACCUGUAACCCCCGUAACCAUUGAGAUUCCACCCCAAAGACCUCCCUCCCCUCCAGUCGCAGUCCUGCAGGAAGUCCCCACUGAUGACACCCUAACCUCACGCGAUGGCAGUGCACUGGCCAGCCAGGUGCCAGGAUUUGACCUUGGGGUGACCUCUGAAGCUGUUCGCCCCAUUGAUACAACCGCCUCCUCCCAGGCUGACCAAAUCCCAACAGCCCCUGUGGAAGCCAGCCAAUCACCAAGGACUCCUCCAGGCCGGACAGACCCAUCGUCCACCACCAAACCUUCUCCAUCCCUGUAUCAGAUAAAACUCCCGGUCCAGGACACCGCGCCCCUGAGCCUGGUUGUGCUUCCCCCGGCCCAGCAGCCAGUGGAGGACUCUGGUUCCACCCUACAGGUCACGAGGGAUUAUGAACAGGCAGAGGCUCCCCUGACUCAGCCUGUCUCUGUCGCCCCCUGCUUGUCACCAGUGGAUGGUGCAGAUGGGCCAGUCUCCACCCUCAGUGAUGAGUACUUCAGCAAGCCUGCACCUCUCCUGAGCACCCCCCGUUACGCUGACAGCCCCGCUACAAAUAACACCAUCCCAGAGGCGUCCUACUCCGUGAACACCGGAUGUCUGGAAAUAAGUCGCUCAGUUUCAGGCCUUGACCCCGAGUCUGCUGCCAGAGCUCCUACAGUCUGCUCUACUGUGACCUCUGACCCCGAGGUGGCUGCAAACCCAGGACCAUGUCAGCAGAAUGGAGUUCUCGAGGAGGACACGUCCGUGUUCCAUAAUGAACCUGAGGAGAACUCCUUUGAGUCUACCUGCCAAAGCUCCUUAGGGGAUCAGGAAGUUCUAACUAACGUGGUCCGUGUUUAUGAGGAACCAUCUGUCCUGAACCACGAAGGCCAAACCCAAAGCAUGAUGGGUAAUGCUGUAGGUUCAUUUGGAGAUCCACCUGUUAAGAAUAAUGACAGCCAAUCCCAGAUUAUACUCGGAGAUGGCGUCCCUGAGUCUGAUGACCUACAUGAGAGCGUCCAGAGGAACGCUGCCUGCGUCGCUGACGACUCAAAAAGUCAAAUCCUCAACGGCCAAGCAACCAAGGAGCCUAUUUCCGAUCCUCCUAUCAGCGAUGUCACUAUAUCCGUCAUCGCGGCCUCCUCCAGUGAAGAUGGCCAGAACUCGGAGCUGGAGGAGGGCUUGCUGGAGCAGGAGACCCAGCAGCAGGAACCACAGGAGGGGGGAACCAUUCCACUAAAGAACCCAACUAACCCAAAGAACCAGAAGAACUAUUAUCUCCUGACGGCGGCAGCAGUGGGGGUCUCGGCUCUCUUCGUAGCAUGGAGGCUGAGGAAUUAAACAUGUCUUCGGAAAGAUGGAGUUUGUCCUUUGAAGGAGCGUUGGCACUGUGCCUUACUGUAGGGACUGGAGCAUAAAGGUGAAGCGUUUUUCCGAGAUGAUGCAAACGCUUAAUCUUUAACUGACAUCGAACAACAGGAAGCCUGCCUUGUUCCGAACUUAGAAUCAAGGAAUAGUUAGAAACAGAACUUCCCAAAUGAUUGUGUACAGAGUCCAAACGCAGCACUGCUAAAUCAAAGUGUGUAUUUACAUGCUUCACAGAUUGUAUUUCUAGAGCUUGUUGAGAGGGUUAUCUCAGGCCAGUUGUGUGUCCAGGGUUAACAAUUACUGCACCCUUCUGAUAGCGCUAUUUAUUCACACACUUGAGUGAUGUAAACUGCUGUAGCUUACUGUGGAGAAAAGGGACUAUGCAGAUAUGCUGAUUUGGAUCUGCUGCUAGGAUGCUGUAACAUUAUUCUACUACUUGCCAGUAAUUUGACUUAUCUUUCAAUUAUUUUAAUGUUAAUCAAAAUUCGUUACAUUCAUUAUCUUUAUUAUUAUUUAUUUGUAGUUUAUUGAACAACAAGGUAAGACAUGGUUUGAAAAAUGUGUUGGUACACCCUGUUAUGUGGAGAUGUAUUAUCAUCUCAAAUGAUAGUGCAGCAUGAACAUACAUUUGUAUUAUUAUUAAUAUACUGUAUACUGCACUUUAUACUAUUAUACUAUACUGUACACUAUACUGAACAUUCGAUUGUGCUUUUGUGUAGGUAUUGUUUAGCAAGAAUAAAUCACAACAGUAUGGUCUUGACUGAGGACACUCUGUAUAGUAUGUCCAUAUGUACAAGUUUGCAUUCUACCUUUAUUUUAAAUAUGUGCUUGUAAAUUUGUAUUUUAUUAUCAUUACUAUAGAGAUAAGAUUAAAGUCUUUAUUUUUUUUAUCAAUUUGGAUUUGUCUAUAGCAAAUGUAUUAAAUAUUCUAAAUAGUAGGAUGCCCAAGUGGACUGUAGGUCUUUGUGUGAUACCCCAAAACUCUGAGAAUCUGUACGACCUGUUGCACAUUCAAAUACAAAUCAAUAAAAUUCUUCUAAAAUAUG